AUGGCUCUGCAGGGUGUGUGUGGCUGGCAGGACCCCGCCUCCGCCCGCCCCCGCCUCCCCGGGCCGGAGGAGGGCUGGGCCGUGCCCCCGGGGUGGGACCCGUCCUCCUUCCUGGGGACCCCGGGCUUGGACCUGGCCCACGGCACCACCACCCUGGCCUUCCGCUUCCGUCACGGGGUCAUCGCGGCCGCCGACACCCGUUCCUCCUGCGGCCAGUACGUGGCCUGCCCGGCCUCCCUCAAGGUCAUCCCCGUCCACCGGCACCUCCUGGGCACCACGUCGGGCACCUCGGCUGACUGCGCCGCCUGGUUCCGGGUGCUGCAGCGGGAGUUGCGGCUGCGGGCCCUGCGGGAGGGCCGGCUGCCCAGCGUGGCGGGGGCGGCCAGGCUCCUGGCGGGCAUGCUGCACCGCUAUCAGGGCCUGGACCUGUGCGUGGCCACCGUGCUGUGCGGCUGGGACCGCUCCGGCCCGGCCCUCUUCUAUGUCUACAGCGACGGGACCCUGCUGCCUGGCACCGUCUUCUCGGUCGGCUCCGGCUCGCCCUACGCCUACGGCGUGCUGGACCGCGGCUACCGCUACGACAUGGAGCCCCACGAGGCCUACGCCCUGGCCCGCCAGGCGGUGGCCCACGCCGCCCGCCGGGACGCCUACUCGGGGGGCUCGGUCGACCUCUAUCACGUUCGGGAGAGCGGCUGGGAACACGUGUCCCGCCAAGAUGCCUGCGUCCUGUACCGGGGGCUGCAGGAGACCCCGGGGCCGGCCCCUCCGGGCCCCGAGCCCCCACCCGCGGACGAGGCCGACCCAGGGGAAGGACCGCUUUCCACCCCCGGGAAGCCGGGGGAAGACCCGGGGGACCUGGGAGAGGAGGGGGCCCCGAGAGCCGAUUAG